AGGCGGCAAUCCUGCCAUGUGUCACCGCCCGGCGCGGAGGCUGCGGGGAUGGCUGCGCUGGCUCGGAGCGUCCUGGUGACGGGGUCCAACCGGGGCAUCGGGCUGGAGCUCGUGCGGCAGCUCGCCGCCAGCCCCCGGCCCCCCCAGCACAUCUUUGCCACCUGCCGCGACCCCGAGGGUCCGAGAGGGAAGGCCCUGAAAGAAUUAGCUGCCCAGCACGCCAGCAUCAAACUGGUCCAGCUAGACACGGUGAACCUGCCCAGCAUCCGAGGGGCCGUGGGGGCUGUGGGGUCUCAUCUGAAGGACCAGGGCUUGAACCUGCUCAUCAACAACGCAGGUGUCAGCUCACACGCCACGCUGCGCUCCCUGGAUGCCCAGGAGAUGCUCGCCGUGUUUGCCUCCAACGUGGUUGGGCCACUGCAGGUUACCAAGGAAUUCCUGCCGCUCCUGGAGCAGGCGGCGAAGGGCGCAGGGAAGGAAGGGCUGAGCUGUAGCAGGGCCGCGGCCAUCAACAUCUCCACCAAACUGGCAUCCCUCGGGCUGUGCCUCGGGCUGCCAGAGGCCCCCAUGUACCCGUACCGUGCCAGCAAGGCUGCCCAGAACAUGGUGACAAGGUGCUUGGCUGCGGAGCUCCAGGACAAGGGGAUCUUGUGUGUGGCCAUCCAUCCUGGCUGGGUGAAGACUGACAUGGGGACGGAGAAGGCACCGCUGACAGUGGAGCAGAGCGUGCGGGGCAUCCUGACCGUGCUGGGCAGCCUCUCGCAGGACGCCUCCGGAGCCUUCCUCGACUGGGAAGGAAACCGCCUGCCCUGGUGAUGGACAGAUGGAUGGUGCCUCUUGCCCACGCCACAGCCUCCAGCUUGCCAGCUCACCCCUCUGAGUGGUCACCCUCCUUGCCCUCAGUCCACCUUGGGCUGUCAGGGAGAGGGGAAGGGAUUGGGAAGCAGGUUCUCUCCCCUUCCCCAUCCUCUGCAUGACCCUGUAGUCUCUCUGUACCCCCCACCUCUGUAAAGUCUGUGAGCUGAUGUCUCUCUGCUCUGUCUCCACACACCCAGCCUCAAACUCCCCACCCGAGCCCGGCACACGCUCGCUGUGCACUUCCCAAGUGCUGUGUGUCUGUCUGUCCCACCUGUGACCAGGCAUACCCCAGCUGAGGGGAGAGGGCAGCUGAUCCCUGUGACCCCCAGGCCCUUGGGCAGCCCAGGCUGAGCACAGCCCUGGGGUGCCCUGCAGCUGGAGAGGGGGAAAGCCAACCCUGCAGGGGUUCAGAAGACCUUUCAACUCCAUGGAAGGGCCUCUGCCCUGGCUCCUCCAGUGCCUCCUGGAGGAGAGGUCUCCAGAGGGUUGUUACAGUGCCAUGGGACCUGCACGUUGUCA